GUGCUCCGCGCGGCGGGCGGAACAGGCGCAAAAUGGCGGCGGAGCGGCAGGUGGCCGGCGGAGGGGGCCGAGGAAGCAGCAGCAGCAGCGGCAAUGCUGGCGGAGGAGGCCCGGCGGCUGUCCUGGAGGAGGCCAAGGAGAACAAGGAGAACGAGAAGCCGCAGCCGGGGGACCUCGGGGACAGCCUGGGCCUGGAGAUCCUACAGAUUGUUAAGGAAUCACAACAGCAACAUGGGCUACGGCAUGGUGAUUUUCAGAGAUACAGGGGUUAUUGCUCCCGCCGACUAAGAAGACUCAGAAAAACCCUUAACUUCAAGAUGGGAAAUAGACACAAAUUCACAGGGAAGAAAGUAACAGAAGAGCUGUUAUCUGACAACAGAUACUUGCUCUUGAUUCUCAUGGAUGCUGAGAGAGCCUGGAGCUAUGCCAUGCAGCUUAAGCAGGAAGCCAACACAGAACCUCGCAAGCGAUUUCACUUGUUGUCUCGUCUGCGCAAAGCAGUAAAACAUGCUGAGGAACUGGAACGACUGUGUGAAAGCAACCGGGUGGAUGCCAAGACCAAGCUGGAAGCUCAGGCAUAUACAGCUUAUCUUACAGGUAUGCUUCGCUUUGAGCACCAAGAAUGGAAGGCAGCAAUGGAGGCUUUUAACAAAUGCAAAACUAUAUAUGAAAAAUUGGCUAGUGCUUUUACAGAUGAGCAGGCAACAUUAUACAAUCAGCGAGUGGAGGAGAUCUCUCCAAAUAUUCGUUACUGUGCUUAUAAUAUUGGUGACCAAUCUGCUAUUAGUGAGCUAAUGCAGAUGAGACUGAGAUCUGGAGGCACCGAGGGGCUUGUUGCUGAAAAAUUGGAGGCACUAAUCACUCAGACUAGAGCAAAGCAGGCAGCUACUAUGAGUGAGGUGGAAUGGAGGGGAAGAACUGUGCCGGUCAAGAUAGACAAAGUGAGAAUCUUCCUGCUGGGGCUGGCAGACACUGAAGCAGCCAUUGCUCAGGCAGAAGAAGAAGAAACUAAAGAACGCUUGUUUGAGUCCUUACUAAGUGAGUGUCGGGAUGCACUACAAGCUGUUCGUGAAGAACUGAAACCAGAUCAGAAACAAAGGGAUCACUCUUUGGAAGUAGAUUCAGGAAAAGUUUCUAACAUCCAGUACCUGCAUAGUUACUUGACUUAUAUCAAGCUGUCUACAGCAAUUAAGCGCAAUGAGAGCAUGGCAAAGGCUUUGCAGAAGGCAUUGCUUCAGCAGCAGCAGCCAGAAGAAGAUGGCAAGCGUACACCACGGCCUCAGGAUUUGAUACGCCUCUAUGACAUCAUUUUACAGAAUCUGGCAGAGUUGCCGCAACUUCCCGGUCUAGAAGAAGACAAAAGCUUUCUAAAGGAGAUUGGGAUAAAGACACUUGUGUAUAAGGCUUACAGGUGUUUUUUUAUUGCACAGUCAUAUGUUCUGGUGAAGAAGUGGAGUGAAGCCCUUGUUUUGUAUGAUCGAGUUCUGAAAUAUGCUAGCGAAGUCCAGGCCCAGGCUGGAACUUACAAAAACAACUUAAAGGAGCUGCCUGAUGUGCAAGAGCUGAUUACCCAAGUGAAUGCAGAGAAAUAUUCCUUGCAAGCAGCUGCCAUAUUAGAUGCAGAUGACAGCCAUGAGACCGAAUCCCCAUCCCAAGUCAGAGAUGGCAAACCACUUUCUGAACGGUUUGAGACUUUCUGUCUGGAUCCUACUCUUGUCAGCAAGCAAGCUAGUCUGGUGCAUUUCCCUCCAAAUUUCCAACCGAUACCAUGCAAGCCUUUGUUCUUUGACCUGGCUCUCAAUCAUGUCACUCUCCCACCUCUGGAAGACAAAGUGGAGCAGAAGACAAAGAGUGGUCUUACAGGAUAUAUCAAGGGCAUCUUUGGAUUCCGAAGUUAACCAGCGUCACCUUGCAAAGAGCGCUUAAUCUUCCUGUAGUUUGGGAAACGUCCAACCGAUUCAGACCUUAGUUUCCCUAUGUUUAAAAAUCCACAUGGGAAGUUUUUAACAUUUUCCCAGUAUUCUGUCUCUGUCUACCUGGUUUAUUUGAAACAUUUUAUUCUGAGAACUUGCAUAAUGUGGUCUGUCUCCAACAACAUCUCAACCUUGAAGGAGUGAACUGGAGUCCCAAACCACUUCUACACAGUGGCUCAGGCAGGAACAUUGUCCACUUUAUAUGAGCUAGGUAUAUCUGCAUUUUAUUUCAUAGCUAACACUAUACGUUAAAUUUUUAAAAAGCUAGCACACUCCUCUUGGCCAUACAGAGCAGAGGGAAACCAAAGGCACAAAUAUGUAUCUAUUUUGGAUUGGACUGCCUAAGAAGAAUGUAUAAAAACCAAAAGUUGAGUAAAUUCUUGUAUUGCUUUCCACGUUUUACCUACAGCCAUGUAAUUUUUUUUUACUUGUAGUUUUAGUUCCAGAAGCUGCAAAGCUUUGAAACACUUGGAUUAAAGAUCAGGGUUGAUAGAAGGUGAUUAAAAUCCUUAAUUUAGAUUAUAUAAGAGUACACUUUAAAGCCUAUGGUAUAAUCUUUCUUGACUGAGGCACUGCUACUUAUAACAAUGGAAUGUUCUCAGUAGUCCUCCCUAGGAACCUAAAAAGGUUUUGGAUUCAGAAAGAAUAAGCCACUUGUAACUAAACUUUGAAAAACUCCUUAUGUUACUUCUUUUUCCCUCUUUAACGAAGCUGAAAUUGGUAAAUUGAAAGGGGUCUUUUGUUACUUAUUCUGUGUCUUUAAUCCUUUCCAACAUUUGCAUUUAGUUGUUUUGGAGAAUUUUCGUAGUGAAGAAUCAGUAAAUUGAGCCACUGGAAUCUUAAGCAAUAAAGAUCUUAGCCAUGUGUUUAUGAGCACAUCUUCCUUGAGAACAUUUAACUGUGCUAUGGGAGUCCAAGUAUCUUUAUGUGAAUUUCUAAAUAUUUGUGAACCUAAAUUGUACACAGGCGUUUUCCAUGAGCUGAUGAUUAAUCUAGUUAGUUUGAAAUAUUUAGUUAGCUUUGUUUAAGUUAGUUUACAGUUUAAUCUAAUUCAUCUGAGAUAUUGGUUGAUCAGAUGGUCAUUAUGUAUAUUUUAGUGUUCAUAUUUUUAUCAUACUGCACUCCAGUUUUGUUCUGUUUCUUGAUAUUGUUUGGAAACAGUAUUAAAACUGGAUUAAUCAGUUAGAAAUAUAUUCCACACGUUUCUCAGUUAGCUUUGAGUUAGCAAACUGCAGAAAGUUGUAAUAUUCAAAUUAAAGAAAAAUUGGGUUUAAUUAUAUCAAUUACUAGAUUUUGUUUACCUUGUAUAUAAAGAUAUAACCCCUUUCCAUAGAUAUCCCAUCUGUUUUAAAAUAUGUAUAUGAAAUGGCCUUCUGAAGUCUGUGGAAGGGAAUUUUACAGAAAAAAAUAUUGUGAAAGAAAUGUAAGUAUAGAAUAUUUUUUAAAUUUUAUCAAGUGAUAAAAUUUCAGACAGAGAAGAAGUCUCCUUAACCAGUGAAUUAUUAGGUCUAUUGGAAGACAAAUGGAAACAAGAUACAGGUACCAUACUAUGACAGCAGCCCCGUCUCUUUCUGGCAGUGUGCCUAUUAGUGUUUUUGUUGAUUGUCCUUUGCUUCAAGUUCUCUAGUCUUCCUGUAUUCAGAUCUGUAUUAAAUUUGAGAAUUGUGUUCCUCUUAAACUAACUUCACUUUAUUUUGCCUUUCAUCCCAGGCCUGUGGGCUACUGGGUACAUUCCAUUUCCACUGCUUUUGUCUUUGUUUGCUCUUGCAGCGGGUUAAAUCUUUCUUUGUUGAACGAAUUGUGGCACAAAACAUUAGUGAUACAGAAAAGAAAUCCUGAAACAAUAAAGACUUAUUCCUGCCUUCUGAA